AAUGCAUUCAGGAACGUGCCGGCACCGUGGUGACAGCGCCGCGGUGACACGGGGACACGGCCAUGCUGCGGCUGCUGGUGGCCAACGCUCACCUCCCGGCAGCCACCGGUGCAGGACCCGCUGUGCACGUGUAUGCUCGCUUCAGAGGGGUCCCCAGGAGCACCCGGGUGGUGUCGGCAGAGCGCAGCCCCACAUGGAACGAGACACUGGUGUGGCCUCUGGCCGCACGUCCCCUGCGCCCCACGGACAGCCUGGCCCUGCGCCUGCAGCUCUGGGGUCAGCCGGAACCACACAGGCUCCUGGGUGCCACCACAGUGCCUCUGCGCUGCCUGGCAGAGGACCCCGGGCUGCCGCUUGAUCUUGGCCAGCUCCCGUUGCGGGACCCCCAGGGACAUCCCACGGGGGCCACCAUCUCUUUGCGCUGCUCCUACGUCCCCCCCGGGCAGGUGGCAGCGGGGAAUGCCACGUCCCAGCGGUCAGAAGGAAUGGCACCGUCCCUGUCCCCUCCACGUCCCACCCCAGUGCAGGGGACAGCCAUCGGGAUGGCACCGCGCCGCCACCCCAAACCUGCGGCGGGGAAGAAGGAGGAUUUCCAGGUGCGGGUCAGGGUCCUCGAGGGCCACCAGCUGCAGGGCAGUGCCAUCAAACCGGUGGUGACGGUCCUCAUUGGCGAGCAGCGCUUCAGGAGCAGGAUCCGUGCUGGGAACAAUCCCUACUACAACGAGGUGUUUUCUCAGCAUUUCCACCUGACGCCUGCACAGCUGGCAGCACUGCCCAUCCACAUCCAGGUGCUCAACUCCAGGGCCAUCCGUGCCGAUGCCAUCAUCGGCGCCUUCAAGCUGGACGUCGGCACCGUCUACAACGCACCGGGGCGCAGGCUGAGAGGGACGUGGCUGAGCCUGCAGCACCCCCGGCACCCCGAUGCUGGAUGCUGUGGGUACCUCCGUGUCAGCGCGGCCGUGCUGCGUGCCGGUGAGCCCGUGCCGGAGCAGGAGGAGGUAGCAGGGAGCCAGGAGGUGGAAGCCAACCUCUUGCAGCCUGCAUUGCUCGCCCCAUGUGUGGCCACGCUCCAGCUCUGCAUCUACCACGCCGAGGAUCUGCCCCGGGAGGAGCCAUCCCGUCCGUUCCUUGCCGGCAGCAAGAGGAGCUUCGUGGCAGCAGCGGUGCGCGCCAGCUUUGCGGGCAGGACGGUGGGUGAUGGGGGCACAGUGGGUGCUGCUGGCACAUGGCGAGGGGUGACAGCGUCCCCAACACAGCUCUGCACUCGAGUGAUGCCCCCCGACGCCAAGCCCACAUGGAACGAAGUGUUCUUCUUCCCUCUGCGGCUGCCCCCACUCUGUGAUGCUAUCGAGCUGGCCAUCCUUAGCGGGUCUAAGGUGCUGGGCACCGCCGCGCUCCACCUCUCCCACAUCUCCUCCGCCGGCACUGAGCUCGAAGGAGGGGCCCCAGGUUUCUUACCCUGCUUCGGACCCAGCUUCCUCCCCUUCUACGGUCCCCGGAGAGAUGUUGUUGCCAUGCCCAGUGUGAGUGCGGACACCAUGGUGGCAUACAGGGGCCGGGUGCUGCUGGAGCUCAGCACCCACACGGGGGACUCCGAUGGGCGCCAGCAGGACUCCAUCGCCCCAGAGGACGUCGCCCGUGUGCAGCGCCUUCUGCCCCGCCGCCACCGCUUGGGGCUCUGCGCCGUGUUCUAUUCGGCCACCAUGCUGUCCCCCAUGUCCGAACCGCUGCGCUUCGAGCUCAGCAUCGGCAACCAUGGGGACACCGGGGACACCACGUGCCACCCCGCUGCCUCCGCCACACCGCAAGGCCACCCCCUCUUUGAUGGGAACCGCUACUACUACAUGCCCUGGCAUGACAGCAAGCCGGUGGUGGCUGUCACCUCCACCUGGGAGGAUGCUGGGCAGCGGUGGGACGGGCAGAACCUGCUGCACAGUGUGGGCGAGAGGCUGGAGAGAAAUGUGGCAAUGCUGCGGAACGCGAGGACGGAUACCCAUGGAGACAUUGGGAGGAAGCUGCUGCGUGAGCUGGCACGGGACUGCAGGGCCGCCCUGCCCGUGCUGCAGGCCCAGCACCCCAAAACACGGCUGGACGCGGAGCUGCGCGCCGCCCGCCUGCACCUCCUGCAGCACCUCGCCUCGGCCGCCGCCGCCGGGCCUCCGCGCCAGGCCUGGGCCGCGCUGCUCCCUGAGGCCGAGGCCUGGCUGGGCCGCGUGGCCGCGCUGCAGGCCGAGGUGCGGAGAAACCGCAGGCCGGCGUGCCCGACGUGUUGCUGUGGCUGCGGAGCGGUGCCCGCUGCCUGGCCUGCGCCCCGCGUCCCCGCGCACCGCCUCGCCUGCUCGCCCCACGGCCCCGCGGCCUGCGGGCGGCUCUGCGGACGGACGCACACUCUGCUGCUGGGGGCCCCAGGACAUCUCCAUGCCCAGCUCCGCGUCCGGCUGUGGCUGGGGCGUGUGGCUGAGAGCCAGGAGCUGCCACGUUACCUGGAGGGCCCCCUGCACGUCUAUGCUGAGAUGUAUGAGAACCAGAUGAAGAUCCUGGGCAAAUGGAGCGGACGGACACUCCCGGGUCAUCCCAGCUUCUCCGACGUCGCCGGCAGAGCGGGGCUGCCCCGCGAACGCAUCCGUCCCCCCAAGGGCUGGCGCUGGGAUGGGCCCUGGGCUGUGGAACCACCACGGCGGCUGCUGCCGGCCCCCGAGGCUGGCAUGGAUGAGGUGCUGGAAGAGGUCUACGAGAACCAGAGCCGGCAGCGCGGUGGGGAAUGGGGACCUGCUGCUGUGCCCAGCACUGAUGUGGCCGGCACGGCGGUGCCCCCCAAGGAGGAGGUGGCAUGUCCCCAAGGCUGGCACGUCACCGAUGACUGGCGGGUGGAGGUGACGGGGGCCGUGGAUGAGGCCGGCUGGGAGUAUGGGGUGAGCGUGGAGGCUGGCGACCCCUCAACUGCGUGGCACCCCAAAGAAGAGAUGUACCACACACAGCGGCGGCGGCGAUGGCUGCGCACCCGGCGGAGGGACAGCGGUGCCCAGGGAUGGGAACAGGAUGCCGAUGUGGCGCACAGCCCUGAGGCUCCGGAUAAAGUGUGGGAGUACGCAUCCCUGUGGGGCGGCCGCUUCCAUCCGCGGCGCCGAGCGGGUGAUGUGUGCCGGCGGCGCUGCUGGCAUCGGCUCAUGGUGCCAGAGCUGUCCUCAUCUGUGGCUGCCAUCUUCCUCCUGGAGGGCACAGCGGAUGCGGAGGCAAUGCCAGAGUGCAAGCAGAUGGCAGCAGCACCCAAAGGCCGAGGACACCCUCAGCACCCCAUGCCUGUCAUCCUCUGCACCUUCCAGAAACCCAGCUCCUUCCAACUGCGCUGUUACCUCUUCCAAGCACUGGAGCUGAAGCCCCACGGCACCAGGACCACAGCAGACCCCGUUGCCCACGUCUCCUUCGUGCACGUCAGCCAGAGCACCCGCGUGCUGCCCGGCACUCUGGACCCGGUUUGGGAUCAGGCGCUGCUCUUCCAUCGGGUGCCGCUCUAUGGGGACCCACGUGGGGUGCGGGAUGAGCCCCCAGCUGUGGUGGUGGAGGUGUUCGAUCAGGAUGGAGGGGGUGCUGGGAGCUUCCUUGGGAGAAGUGUGUGCACCCCAAAAGUGUGGCUGGAUGUGGGGCGCCAAAAGCCCCCCCGGCUGCAGAGAUACCCAUUGGAGGGGCCGGGGGGUCCGGCUGGGGAACUGCUGGCUGCCUUCGAGCUGCUGCACGAGGCUGAGGAUGGGGCGGUGGCACGGCUCAGCACCCCUCCAUGGAGACAGGGCACCUUCAGCAUCCCCCCGGGCAUCCGGCCGGUCCUGCGGCUGAUGGCACUGGAGGUGCUGGCGUGGGGGCUGCGGGGGCUCCGUGGCCGCUCCCUGCUGCCCGUGCGCGCCCCCAGCCUGGAGGUGCAGUGCGGGGGGCAGAUCCUGCGCAUCCCCCCCAUCACCAACCUCGCCACCAACCCCAAUUUCCCCAUCAACGCCUUCCUGCUGACGCUGCACCUACCGGUGGAGGAGGAGUACGUACCCCCGAUCCGGCUGCGGGUGUUGGACACGCAGGGCUUUGGGUAUCGGCCCCACGUGGGCCAGGCGUGCGUGCAGGACCUGGCGAGGUUCCGUCGUGAGCCCGAUGGAGAGGAGCAGCUGCCCAGACCUCGUGUCCCCGUGCCCGGUCCCAACCCCGCUGCUGCCUGGGGCAGGAUCGCUCAGAUGCUCCCCAGGGUGACCGCCGAGAAGGGGACUGCAGACAAGGACACGGAGAGGGAGGAGGAGGAUGAGGAAGAGGGCGACUGGUGGAGCAAAUUCUACAUGGCCAUGGGGGACACGGCAAAGAGCCACCGGCGGACACACAGGGACAGCCUGAAGGUGUACGGCUGUGAGCUGGAGGCCGUGCCCCAAUUCGAGGGGCUGCAGGAUUUCUGCCAGACCUUCCCCCUCUACCAGCCGGGGGGGCACCAGGGGGACGACCCCGUGCCCGUGGGCGAGUUCAAGGGGCUGUUCUGUCUCUACCCCCUACCCGAGGACCCCGGGGUGCCCCCCCCGCCCCGCCACUUCCAGGAGCUGCCCCCCAGCCAACCCCAGCAGUGCCUGGUGCGCGUCUACAUCGUCCGUGCCCUCGACCUGUCCCCUCGUGACCGCAAUGGGAUGUGUGACCCCUACGUUCGUGUCUCUCUGGGAUCAAAGACCCUGGGCCAGCGUGACCAGUAUGUGCCCAACACCGUGGAACCGGUUUUUGGCAGGAUGUUCGAGGUGAUGGGCACCGUCCCCCUGGAGAAGGACCUGCGGGUCUCACUGCUGGACCACGACCUUCUGCCACCCGACCAGGAGAUUGGCAGCACCACCAUCGACCUGGAGAACCGGCUGCUGUCCCGUUUCCGUGCCCACUGCGGGCUGCCCCCUCUGUACCGCACGGCUGGCCCCGGGCGCUGGAGGGAUCAGCUGAGCCCCAGCCGGGCGCUGGAGCACCUGGCUCACACCCGGGGGCUGCAGGCACCCGAAUUCAGCGCCGAGGGCACCGCCGUCACCUUUGGGGGCUCCACCUUCCUGCUGAGCCAUUUCGAGAGAGGUCCCCCCACAUAUCGUCACCCCGGGGCGCCCCGGGAGCGCCUGGCCCUACAUGUGCUGCGUGCGUGGAACCUCGUCCCCGAGCACCUGGAGACCAGGACGCUGUACAACAGUGCCCAGCCUGGGCUGGAGCAGGGCAAGGUGCAGAUGUGGGUGGACAUCUUCCCCGCCAGCCUCGGCCCCCCCGGGCCCCCCGUGGACAUCACUCCCCGCCAACCCCAGAGCUACGAGCUGCGCUGCGUGGUGUGGAACACGCGCGACGUGGAGCCGGGGGACAUCAACGCCGCAGGGCAGAGGAUGAGUGACAUCUAUGUGACCGGCUGGCUGGACGGGCUGGAGGAGCAGAAGCAGAGGACGGACGUGCAUUACCGGGCGCUGCAGGGCGAUGGCAGCUUCCAUUGGCGCUUCGUCUUCCCCUUCCAGUACCUGGCGGCCGAGCGGCGCUGCGUGCUGCCCCAAAAGGAGCAUUUCUGGAGCCUGGAUGAGACGGUGCUGAAGGUGCCCCCGAAGCUCAUCCUCCAAGUGUGGGACAACGACAAGUUUUCGGCCGAUGAUUUUUUGGGUGUCCUGGAGUUGGAGCUCACCCGGCUGCCCCGUCCAGCUCAGCGGCCGCAGGACUGCGCCCUUAAGCCACGCCUGAGCCCCUGGCCCUGGGGGAGGAUUGGGGGACCCCCUCAUUUCUCCCUGUUCCGGCAGAAGCAGGCGCGGGGAUGGUGGCCCUGCGUGGUGCACGAGGGCGGCACGCGGCGCAUGGCGGGCAAGCUAGAGCUGAGCCUGGAGCUGCUCAGUGAGAAAGAGGCAGAAGAGAGACCAGCGGGGAAAGGCCGGGAGGAGCCCAACGCGUACCCAACACUGCAGCCCCCCGUGCGGCCCGACUCAUCCUUCCUAUGGCUUCGGGCCCCACUGCGUGCCCUGCGCUACGCCGUCUGGCAGCGGCACCGCUGCCGCAUCACUGUGACCCUGGCACUGCUGCUGCUGCUCCUCCUGCUCCUCAACUUCAUCUACUCGGCCCCGGGUUACAUAGCCAUGAAGCUGGUGAACCCGCUGCAGGGGCUGCACCUCUUUGGCGUUGGGAGCAAACACUGAGCAGCCCCAGCGCCAGAGGUGGGACACGGAGCACUGAGGGGAUGCCGUGCAGCCACAUCACCUCCUUAAUAAAAUCAGAAGUGAGACGGGCAAAGCAGCGUGCUCUGUG